AUGCCAGACGAGCCUCAGCUUUUUCAUCUGUCCAAGCAGCUGGAGCAAAGGGCGAUUCAAUUUGAGGAAGAGUUGAAGCGGUUCGCUGAUUCCUUGUCUAACACGACCCACUCCGCACCUUCUCAUCCCUCUGAUAAAAGCGCUACCGUCGUAAAAGAGGAGAAUAGGAGUCGUGAAUCUGGUUACGGAUCAACAGACCUUCCUCCUGCCCAAUCUCAUUCACAGCAGUUAGUCAUUCCCUCAAUCCAACCCCUCCUAGCAAACCUAGCCAGUCUGCGAAAGGACCUUGCUUGGCUCUUAGGCAAAGAGCCAGAAGAGGGCAACGCGGCACAUAAUCUUGUCUUUCCGAGUAUCAUGAGGAAGAACUUUUAG